AUGCCCUCUUUCCGCACCACCACCACUACGGCCCUGGCGGCCCUCGCCGCCCUCACAGCCGCAAACCCCCUUCCCUUCUGCGCCGUCGAGUACGUGUACGCCGACGACGUCGCCACCUCUGCCAGCGCCACGGCCACCGACAGCAUCGCCACCAGCAUCGCCACCAGCACCAGCGCACCCGCCACCAGCAGCGUCGCCACCAGCAAAAACAGCGUCAAAGUCGCCAGCAGCAGCGCCACCACCAGCGGCACGGCGACCUUCUACGGCGGCAACACGGAAGGCGGGCAGUGCCUAUUCAGCGGGUACACGAUCCCGUCGGGGCUGUACGGAACCGCGUUCUCCGGCUCCGCAUGGGACGGCGCGUCGCACUGCGGCGAGUGCCUGAAAGUGACAGGCCCACUGGGCACCGUGACAGUGAUGGUCGUCGACCAGUGCCCGGAGUGCGACGCGACGCACCUGGACCUCUUCGAGGACGCGUUCGCGGCGAUCGGGGACAAGACGAAGGGCACGAUCGACAUCAGCUUCGAGAGCGUCGCGUGCGGCAUUACGGAUGACAUUGUGCUCAAGAACAAGGAGGGCACCAGCGCGUACUGGUUUAGCAUGCAGGCGCGGAACCUGAACCUGCCGGUGGAGUCGCUCGAGGUCAGCACCGAUGGCGGAAGCUCCUGGCAGGCGACGACGAGGUCCGAGUAUAAUUUCUUUGAGAACCAGAGCGGGUUUGGCACUGAGACGGUGGAUGUGAGGAUUACGAGCCAGAGCGGCGAGCAGAUUGUUGUUAACGAUAUGGCUGUGACGGCGGGCUUGACGAAGGCUGCGGGGGGGAACUUCUAG